GUGCACGUAAAUGUCAUUCAGCCAUCUUGUUAUUCUUGUUCUCCUUGUUAUUCUUGUUGAAGUUAUCGCCGAAUAAAAAUAUCGAUAAAUGUUUUGCGAAGAGAUAAAUAAAUAAUAUCUAUCUAUAUAAUGGUGAGAAUAUCUAUACCAGUACCGUCUCCACCACCACCGCAGCCAAUUGAUCAAAUAUCACCAGAACAAAAUAAUCUGGAUGAAAUUGAGGUCACAAUCGUGGAGGACUCCGUAGUGCACCAAGUUGGUGACACUUACGUUGUGGAUUCUGCUGCCAGUGAUGACAUCCCGCCUCCUAAGGCCGACUUUUAUGCUCCACCACCUUAUGAGGUAGCUAGCAAGUUGCCAACAUAUGAGGAGGUUCAGCGAGAAAAGAUCCUUGAAGGGCAGUCUACAAUACCACAAACUUCUGAGUUCAGACAGCCAGCACAUGCACACAGGAUUCUAGAUAUCAACACACUCCAUGCAGACUCAAAUGAUGAUGUUGACACUAGUCUAUUGGGCACAGAUUUUAUGUUUAUCAUUGCAUUCUUUGUUGCAUUUAUAUUUAAUUGGAUUGGUUUCUUGCUUCUGAUGUGCUUCUGCCAUACAAUUGCAUCAAGAUAUGGGGCAUUAGCAGGAUUUGGUUUGUCCCUGGCAAAAUGGACCAUUAUUGUGAAAGAGUCAACUGAUAUUGCAUCCAGGGACAAAAGCUGGCUAUGGUGGUUAAUAAUGACAUUUGGUGUCAUAAUAUGCAUCAGAGCAAUUUGGCAAUAUCUGAGCAUAAAAAAAGGCUGGAGAAUGCUAACAGCUAGUCAUCAAGAGAGGCUUCUAUUCUUUUACUAAAUGCUAGUAGAGCAAUCUACAAAGAUGAAAUACAAUGUAUAAAUUGAGAUUAGAUGUGUGUUUGUUGGGUUUGACCAACAAAAUCUUCAUUUUUAAAUAUUAAUGCUGCAUUAAGGUCAAAGCUUGAAAAACGGUGUGAAUAUUUUACAAGAGACGUUUUGACAUGGUUUUCAAGCUAUUAGAUGUGUUCUUCUUAAAGUUGUAAGACUUUAAAGAAGUCUAUGACUUGUAGCACAAAUUUUAUUCAAACUGGAAUAUCCCUGCUUUCCUAUGAUAUAGGAAAUCAGUGAUUGUUUUAUUGCUUUAAACUGUUUUGUUUUGAAUUUUCAUUUGAUUUGCGAAUAGGAACCACCAAUUUGUUAUUCUGUGAGUUCCCAUUUAAAGUAGCAAUAGAACCAAUGUGAAACUAGACACUAUCGAAUAUGCCCAGACGGAAUUAUAUUAAUUUAAAAAUGUAUGCUGUAAUCAAGGAAAUUUUUAACAAACCUCAAUGCAUAUAUAAAACUAAAGAGUACUUACAACGAUUGUGCACUGAUAUUGAUCAGCUAUGAAUUCUUGGUUGUUACUACAGCAGUUUGUUUCAGAAUGAUUACCAUCAAUUCACAUUUUAGGCACAAGUUUGAAAAAAUGUUAAGCUCUAUGAUGCAAUUAAAAUAAAGAAAUAUGUGUGCAUACAUUUCACAAUAAGAUACUUGUUCCCUCAAAUAAACAUUCAGCCAAGUAAAUAAGAUAAAGUUAUAAAGAUUAUGUACCUACUUUGUCUUGAGGUUGCAAAAGUGUUCAUUAUGUAAUGAAAUAUCAUUGUAUGAUUCUUAUCAUAGUCCAAUUUAUUUAAUAUUGAGGAUAUAUUGUUGUGUGCAUCAAUCAAAGUUAUAAUCAUUUUAUUCUUGGAUAAAUCGAUAUACUCGUUCGUUUUAUGUUACCAAUACAUUACAAUAUAUUCAAUAUUUUUAAUUUGAUUGAUGCAUAAUAAAUGUAUAAACAUUGA